UUGUGAUGAAUUGUUAUUUAUAGUAUCAUGGAAUUCCAAAGAAAAUAACUACGUUUUCAACUUCACCUAGCCUAGCUGAAUAUCAGCUACAGAACAGACCGGAAUUUCACUGACACUCAUGUGACGUUUAAGUUGACAUUUAAGCUGCCGCCUGCCGCCGCCAACAGAAACAAAAGUCCACUAGUCUUGACAGUUGUAUUUUAUUGAAUAGAUUAUUGUUAUGUGAUUGUUCUUUCUGUAAUUAAAUAAACAUUUCAAAACAGUUCGAAAAAAUUGAUAACGGAAACAUAUUGUUUGCUAUGUAGUAAUACGCUUUCAUAACUUGAGGUCGCUUUAUUCGCUUUCGUUGGUAGUAUACAGAAUAAAUACACAAGAAUUCAAGAAUGUUUUUUCUAAUUUGUUAAAAACGGCAGCAAACCAAGCAUGUCGAAAAUAAAAACAAAAUGAAAACGAAUUUAUCUUCAUCAAAUAUUGCAGCAUACGAUAAACAGUCAAUUAGCAGUGAAAACAGGUCUAUCAGUCCAUCUUCGAGUCCUAGAAGUAGCCCUAGGCCUUCUCCCAGGCCACAAACUAAGAGAGAUCAUUCUAAGUCAGAUACUUACCUCAGUGUUUCCUACAAAGAACAAACAUCUAAACAUGAUGGAUCUCCUUCCCCUUCUAGCCAAGAUAGUUCAUCAAGUCAACGUCUAAGUAACGCCAAUAGCAUCGAAAUAACCCCACCACAAGACUACAAAUCAGAACUAACAAAUUCAACAAACUCAUCUAAAGAGAAAAGAGAGGGAAGGGGAAAGAAAAAGUCUUCUUGGUUUAAUUCUCUAUAUCCUACCUAUAAAUCAAGAUCGGAGGAUUUCAAGAAAAUUUUUAAAGACGUACCGGACGUUGAAAGGCUCGUUGUAGACUAUUCUUGCGCUUUGCAAAAAGAGAUUCUGCAACAAGGUCGAUUGUACGUUACACAAAACUAUCUCUGCUUUUACGCUAAUAUUUUCGGCUGGGAAACUAAUCUGACUAUAAAAUGGAAGGACGUAGCGGCUAUAACAAAGGAAAAGACAGCUCUAGUGAUUCCAAAUGCAGUUUUGAUCAGCACCAAAGGAGAGAAGUACUUCUUUACCAGUUUCGUUUCGAGAGAGAAGACCUAUUUGAUGUUGUUUCGGGUAUGGCAGAAUGCGCUUAUGGAUCAACCUAUGCUCCCUCAAGAGAUGUGGCAAUGGGUUCAUCAAUCUUAUGGCAAUGAAUUAGGUUUAACUAGUGACGACGAAGACUACGUACCUCCUGCCAACGAAGAGGACAAACUUUCCGUUAGACACUCAGUUGAAUCAUUUUCAGAACACGAAAGUCAAGGACAACCAGAAGGCACAAUGGAGCAGACGUCCACAGGGACAUCGGAAAAAGCCGACACUGAUGAAAUUAAAGUGCCACAUGUCAGUCACAAACGAACGCUAUCAGAUUCACGAAAUCCUACUGAUGCCACUGAUAAUUCCGAAUCUGAAGUUGAGAAACCUAUCAAAAAAAAUUUUUCGUUUUCUUUCUUGAAGGAAGCCUUCACGAAAGAAUCGCAUAAUCCACCAACUCCCGAAUCUGAGGGGCCUAGUCCAGUUUUGGAAUAUUCCAAAAAUGAUGUUAAAGUCACCUGCACAUCUCCUCACGAAGGUCGACAAAUGUGGAACGAAGUUUUCCCCAUUCACGUGGAUCAACUGUUCACCUUACUGUUCACAAGCUCCAAAUUCUACUUGGACUUUCACGCAGCCAGAAAAACUACAGACCUUACUCAAACUCCUUGGACCCAUAAUCCGUUAGACAACAGUAAAAGUAGAGUAGUCAGUUUAACAGUAGCUCUUAUGGCGAGUAUGGGACCCAAAUCUGCACAAGUUACAGAGAGACAGUCUAUGAAUCCCUGCAGCAAAGCAGGUCAAUUGUAUUCAAUAGAUAUAGAGUCAUUAAACGCUGGAGUUCCUUACGCCGAUAGUUUUUGUGUCAACGCUCACUACUGCCUUAGUAAAGUAUCUGAGACACAUUCUUCCUUAACUAUUAUAGCACAAGUGAAAUACAAAAAGUCUGUUUGGGGUUUAGUUAAAGGUAUGAUUGAAAGAAAUUGUUAUGCGGGCGUAGAAGACUAUGUCCAACAUUUAUCGAGAGCGUUGCAUGCGGAAGCCGAAGAAAGUGUUCCUGAAGUUAAAAGGAAAACAAAGAGGAAAAGAAGACACAAUAGUCCUAGGGGUGCUAUCGAAGAAAGUGUGCCGGCAAAGAAGAAACCUACCGAAGGUAUCUUUAGCAGCGAAGUAUGUACAAUGAUAGUGUUUGCUGUAUUAUUAAUGUUAGUGGUAUUAAAUGUAAUGUUAUACGUCAAAUUGUGGUCUUUAGAAGAGGCACCGUCGUAUAAUUUACUGGAUUUACAUUUAUUAAAGAAUCCGCCUCAGUCUCACGAGGAGUGGAUAAAAUUGUUACAACAACAAGAAGCUUUGCAUACAGUAGAAGCUCAAAAGUGGCAAAAAUUACUAAGGAAUUCUAUACAGCUCCUAAGACAAGCUGAAGAAUCUCUCAACGAGCUUCAAAGUUCGAUUCAAUCGACUUACUCUAGCAAAUUAGUGUCAAUUUUACAGCAGCAAGUGGGCCAAGAAGAAAAUAAACAAGAAUUAUAGACAUUUUUAACAAAUUGCAGGAUCCUUGCAUACAUUUGACAGUUUUUUUACCACGUCAAAGUCUACAAAGACAUGUUAGUAAAAAUAUGAAUGAUAUUUAUGAUGAUAUGAAUGGUAUUUAUGAUUUAUUUUUAUAUAUUGUGGGACUCGUGAAUGACUGCUAGUGUGUUUUUAAUUUUAUAAUAUUUAUUUAUUUCAUAUUAAGAUUUACAAGAUUUUUAGGGAGAUUGAAUUAAGGCUGUUUUAUCAGUUGAAGCACAUUGCAAUGUUAAGUGGGCGUAUCACUUACUUUCGUAGACUGGUGACGUCAGACACACGUGACUCCCUAUUUAAAAUUGAUUUGAAGUAGGGAGUGCGACCGACAAUUCGAUCUUUACUCAGUGGCGCCGGCGGACAAGUAUUUUAAUGACAACAAAAUGCAUUAUUCUCCAUUCAAAUUAGUUUUGUCGGGAAUACCUUUUUAGAUUGAUUUUAUCGUAGGUAAUAUUUUAAAAAGAAUUAUCACAUUUUUGUCACAUAGUUUGGCCUAGGAUAAACUAGUACGGCCUUCUUCUUCUUCUUCUUGUAGUGCCUAUCCGUUUCGGAUGUUGGCGGCCAUCAUGGCAAUCUCUACUUUUCACACUGCUGCUCAUAAAAGAUUUGUAGUGGUUGUGUUGAACCACGUACGUAGAUUUUUCAGCCAGGAAAUCCUUCGCCUAGUACGGCCUAGCCUACACUAAUUUAGCCGAGUCGAAAGUAAUUUGACGAACAUGUAAGGACUUUUACAUGCGGGGAAUUCCCAAAUUACGUCCUUUAUAAUCCAAGGAUGGUACUAAAAGUGAGAAAUUUGACCUAGGCUGUCUGUCCGUCGGUCCGUCCGACCGCGAAUAUAACUGCUCCGUCACUAUACUAGGUGGAAUGACAAAUAAGGUGUCAAAUGAAAGCUUAUAAUCCAAGGAUGGUACCAAAGGUGAGAAAUUUGAACUAGGCUGUCUGUCCGUCGGUCCGUCCGACCGCGAAAAUAACUGCUCCGUCACUAUACCAGGUAGAAUGAAAAAUGAGGUGUCAAAUAAAUGCUUAUAAUCCAAAGAUGUUAUUAAAGGUGAGAAAUCUUAGCGAGGCUGUCUGUCCGUCUUUCCGUCCGAUCGCGAAUGUAAUUCUUCCGUCAAUAUACCAGAUAUAAUGACAAAUGAGGUGUCAAAUGAAAGCUUAUAAUCCAAGCCUGGUACUAAAGGUGAGAAAGGACCCCGCAGAAACCUUAUGGGAAAUGGCUCUCUGUCAAAUGCUCUGAUACUUUGGAUUCUGGUAGUCCUUGAUAUGUAGAACAAAAGACUUCAUGGGCGCGUAGCUCCAAAAAAUUAUAGUUGUGAGAUAUAAGCCUCUGAAGUUAUAGGUACAGUGAGGACGUUUGAGUUGAAAUAAAUUCAUUUUCUCGAGAAUGGGAGACUCUGGAGAUAAAUUACGAAUCAGCUCGAUUUUUAUUUUUAAAUAAUAAUUUUUUGGCGUAUAUAUCAUACUAGUGACGUCAUCCAUCUGGGCGUGAUGACGCAAUCGGUGAUUUUUUUAAAUAGGAAUAGGGGUCGUGUGAUAGCUCAUUUGAAAGGUAAUUCAAUUCUCUAUUCACUAAUGUAAACAUUAACAUAAUUAUUUAUACAGGGUGGCCAAAAAUUUUUUUUAAUUAAAUUAAUUGAGACAAAAAGAAGAAUGUAUAUAAUUUAUUUAUUUCGAAAUACAUUUUACUGCUGUCAGAAAACAGAAAAAAAAUGUUAAUUUGAAAAAUAAACAUUGCCUUUCACUUAAAUUAAAUGUUCAAACUGCUAAGAGGUAGGUGGGUGGCAGCUUUAAUAUUGAAUUUAAGCGAAAAACAAUAUUUAUUUAUCAAAUACACAUUUUUUUCUGUUUUCUGACAGCAGUAAAAUGUAUUUCGAAUUAAAUAAAUUAUAUACAUUCUUCUUUUUGUCUCAAUUAAUUUAAUUAAAAAAAAUGGGACACCCUGUAUAAAUGAUUAUGUUGAUGUUUAUAUUAGUGAAUAGAGAAUUAAAUAGCCUUUCAAAUGAGCUAUCACACGACCCCUAUUCCUAUUUAAAAAUAUCAUCGAUUGCGUCAUCACGCCCAGAUGGAUGACGUCACUAGUAUGAUAUAUAUGCCAAAGAAUUAUAAUUUAAAAAUAAAAAUUGACCUGAUUCCUAAUUUAUCUCCAGAGUUGCCCAUUCUCGAGAAAAUUUAUUCCAACUCAAACGUCCUCACUAUACCUAUAUCUUCAGAGGCUUAUAUCUUAGAACUAUGAUUUUUUGGAGCUACGCGUCCAUGGAGUCUUUUGUUCUACACAUCAAGAACUACCACAAUCCUAAGUUUCAGAGCAUUUGACAGAGAGCCAUUUCCCAUAAAGUUUCUGUGGGGUCAUUUGUUCUAGGACUUCCGGUUCUAGACGCUCACUUCAGGCCAAACUAGUUUGGGCUUUAGUAACAUUCUUGGAUUAUAAGCUUUUAUUUGACACCUCAUUUUUCAUUCUACCUGGUAUAGUGAUAGAGCAGUUAUAUUCGCGGUCGGACGGACCGACAGACAGACAGCCUAGGUGAAUUUUGUCACUUUUAGUACCAUCCUUGGAUUAUAAGCUUUCAUUUGACACCUCAUUUGUCAUUCUACCUGGUAUAGUGACGAAGCCGUUAUAUUCGCGGUCGGACAGAUCGACAGACAGACAGCCUAGGUCAAAUUCCUAACUUUUAGUAGCAUCCUUGGAUUAUAAGCUUUCAUUUAACACCUUGCUGAAAAAUCUACGUACGUGGUUCAGCACAACCACUACAAGUCUUUUCAGAGCAGCAGUGAGAAAAGUAGAGAUUGCCAUGAUGAUCGCCAACAUCUGAAACGGAUAGGCACUACAAGAAGAAUAAGAAGAAGGCCGUACUAGUUUAUCCUGAAGUGUGAAUCUUUAUUAUAUCAGGAUAAACUAGUUUGGCCUGAAGUGCGUCUUUAUAUCAGGAUAAACUAGUUUGGCCUGAAGUGUGUUUAUUUAUAUCAGGAUAAACUAGUUUAGCCUACGCGUGAUAUGAUAAACUAGUUUGACCUAGGUCAUACUAGUUUAUCCUAGGCGGUUAGGACAAAGUAGUUUGGCCUAGGCCAAACUAGUUUGUCCUGAAAUCGGGUUUGGCCGGUAAUAUACAUUAUUUUAAUAUAUUUAUAAGUUGCAGUUACAUAAGAAAAGUAUCCAAUUGAAUAAAACACAAAUCGUGGAUAAUAGUAUAAUUUUCUGUCUUAUUUUAAAACACCCUGGGACUCAUUUCUUAUCUUGUCAACUUAUAUCCCUAAACUAAUGUAAAUACUUAAAAAUACGCGUAAACUAAAGAACUUGUAACUUAUACCACUAAACUAAUAAUAUAUUAAGUACUUAAAAAUACCCGUAAACUAAAUAAGUUUAAUGUUUUCAAAAUAACUAAGAAUACUGUAAACUGUAAACACUAAGCAAGUUGAUGAAGAAAAUACAAGAAUGAAUAACUGGAAAUGGAUUCUAAUUCAAGCGAACUGACCGACUGACGGUACGUUCAUGAGAUUUGUCGUCACGAAGGCGAUAACGAUGAAACUAAGCGCCAAUGCUGCGUACCACGUUUCAUUAUUAGAUUUCAAUAUUUUUAGCAAAUUUUCUUCAAAGUUGGAACACGCUUUUCUCGAUUAUUACUGGACACAGAAAGGUGAAAAAAAAAAUCAACGAUUACAGAAAAAAAAACUCUUUCAAGUUAUGGGAGUAAAAAGUUUGGUUAUAAUAGAACGUUAAACAUUAUAAUCUAAUUUUUCAACAGAAUUUUCAAAAAAAUAAAAAAAGUAAAACCAUCAUUUUAAAGGCAACAUAAUUUCGAAUAACGUGUCCAAAUUUCAAGACAUUCUGUCGGUAAAUAACCGAGAAAACACUGUCCCUAAGUUUUGGUGCACCGAUAAAACAGCCUUAAGAUGUCAAAUAACAAAAGGUUUUACUUGAAUCUGUAAGUGAUUAAUUUCUUUGCUGUAUUUUUGUACAAUACGUUUAGUUUUCGAUUAGGUACAGGCGACUGAAGGAAACGCUAAAAUCGGCAACAUUGCUAUGGGAAUGCGUUGCAUUGCCAAUGUAGAAUGACAAAUGACUGAAUGAGUCGGCGCGAAUCAAUUGUAUUGAUGACAGCGGGAAAGCAGUGUUGCCAUUUAUAGGUUGUAUAUCUAAUUUAAAACUAAACAACCUGUAGAUGGUUUAGAUUUUAGAUGAUUGCCAAUGUAGAAAUGCAUGGGAUUUCUAUAUAUAAACAAGUACUGCUUGGCAAAUUUCAGUGCCUUCAUAACCUUUAAGUGCAUAGUCGCAAAGGCCGACUAAAUCUCCGGGUCGGCACAUUAGAUGCGGCAACGCUGUGAGCCUCUCGAAUAUAGUUUGUUUUGUUUGGGAAAUUUGAAAAUAAAGAUAAAAUAUGUUUAAAAAAAGUUAUAAGUUUUUAAUCUAAUAGCACAUAAAAUGAUAUUUAAAAUACCAUUUUAUAUCAUACCAGAUUAAAAACAUUACCAAUAAUAAAUAAAAGAUUAUCUAGGAAGAAAAAAACGUACCUCAGUUUCCUUGAUAUGGAAAAAAGCAUUCGAUAAAGUACCUAGAUCAAAGUAGGGAAAAGUCUGAAGAACAGAAACAUACCAGAGAAACUUAUACGGGUAACUAAAUCUAUAUACAGAGACACUGAGAACUGUGUGAUAAGUAAAAAUAUGAUAUCUGACCAGUUCAGAACAACUGAAGGUGUAAGACAAGGGGGAAGCUUGAAUCCGUUACUGUUUAUUACGUUUAUGGACGAAAUAAUAAAAGAAAAAAAAACAAAAGUCAGACCACUACACAUAGGGUAUGGAAAUCUGAAAAGCACCGAGAUAUCAGAUUGUACAUUUGCCGACGAUGUAAUAUUUUUAGCAGCGAAUGAAGACGCAGUUUUAAAAAGGUAUGGUAUGACUAUGAACAAAGAAAAAUCUAAGGUUAUGGCAUUAGCCAAAGAAAGAGAGGAUGUACAUGUUCAGAUAGAUGAUACAGAGAUUAGACAGGUACAACAAUUUGAAUACUUGGGAGUAACCAUUGAAGAAACAGGUAGACAGGGAGCCGAGAUCAAUAAAAGAAUUGAUAAAGUGAAUAAACUGUACCACGCAAUAGGACAAACAUUUAUUAACAAGAAAGAAGUAUCGAAACAUACAAAAAUAAAGGUAUUUAAGGCUAUAUACAGACCAGUACUUACGUACGGAUGUGAAUCCUGGGUACUAAAUAGACAACACAAAAGUAAAAUACAAGCUGCAGAAAUGAGGUAUCUACGCAGAGUUCAAGGAGUCACUAGAAGGGAUAGGGUAAGAAAUAACUACAUAAGAGAAGAACUGAAAAUCGAGACAAUGAUGGAGUAUGUUGAAAAAAGACAUUAAGUUGGUGGGGGCAUUUACAACGACCACAGACAGAAGUACCAGUUAAGAAGAUAUGGGAAACGAAGGUGCAGGGGAAAAGAAUUAGAGGAAGACCGAGAGAGACAUGGAACGAAGUGAUGGCAAAGAUUCUUGACAAAAAAGGAAUAUCAUGGAACGACGCUAAGGCUAUGGCACAUGACAGAAAGCAAUGGAAGAGAUUUGUGCACUGUUAACAGGGCACAAGUCAUACCUACACCCGAGAGGGUAGAAGGUCUAAAGAUUAUAUAUACCAGAUUAAAAACAAUAGAAAUCCUUCUCUGGUUACACCAUCCGAGGCUUCUAAAAAUGCAAGACAUACAGAUUCUGAGACUGUAGGAAGAUUAGGGAAUUUUACAAUUUAUAAUUCACAUCCCAUCUGCUCAGGUGGUAAAUUUCCAGCGAGAAUGGUUCCCUUCGUACUCCAAAUAGAGUAAAUAUAUAAAUUAAAAAUGAAUAAACAUUUUCAAUUUCGUUGCAACCCAAAACUGCAGUCGUAUUAUAUUCCAGUUCAAUCAGAGUGUACAGCAAGCAUCUCUACCGGUUUCGGGGCUUGUUAGCCCCUCAUCAGGAGAUACAUGCUCUUCUCUCUGACGGAACCAGGACAAUACUCCGCGUGUAGUCACGGAUUUCAACGAACGAAAUGGCAGGGAUGCCCUACAUCUGCUAGAAAAAAGUUGUUUUUAAUCUAAUAGCACAUAAAAUCCUAUAAAUAUUUAAAAAUUUUAGCACAUAAAAUUUUACAUCCUACCAGAUUAAACCAAUGGAAAACCUUCUCUGGUUACACCGAGGCUUCUAAAAAUGCAAGGCUUACGGAUUCUGAGACUGUAGGAAGAUGGGGGAAUUUUACAAUUUAUAAUUUACAUCCCAAUUCACUCACAUUGAUCAAUAAAAAACUGCAUAAGAAAAAGUUUUUUCUUUUAAUCUUACAUGGGAUCCCUCGCUCUCUUCAUAGUGGUAAUUUGACAUUAUUGACGUAACUUAAAUAUUGUAUCUUCAGAUGAAAUAAUUAGGACAUUUCGAUAAUUAGAUUUUGAUAACUAUUAAAUAUGAACUGACAUAACUAUACCGGGUGGACCAAAAGUCAGUUAACGUUAUCAAAAAAAGUCACGCGCAAGUUUGCGGCGUCUCCAAGAAAAUAUAACAUGCUCUGUGAAGGGCCUUGCAAAUAAUCCACAAUUACAAGGUAUUCGAUAUUUUCAGCAAGACGGUGCACCGACUCAUUACGGAUUGCAAGUUCGUGAGUUUCUAAAUGACCAGUUUAGUGAUUGGAUAGGGAGAAGAGACACAGUUGAAGGGCCCGCGCGUUCGCCAGAUUUGACGCCCCCGUGAUUUUUCCUUGUGGGGAGUACUUAAAGAUAAAGUUUUUGCCAAUUUGAAGUUCUCCGUGCCAACUUAAAAGUAUGUAGAAAGACUUGUUUCACUGUGUAUAAGGGUUGCCAAAAAUGUAUUGAUGAAGGUGGUUUACCUUUUGAACAUAAAAUGUAAAGCAUGCACUUCUUUUUACCUACUUAUUUACAAUAAACUUUUUUUUUACUUCAGUUAUUUUUGCUUUUAUUUAUACAAAACGGUUAACUGACUUUUGGUCUACCCGGUAUAUAACAUUGCAUAACAACUACUAUAAAUAGAGGUUAUUAUAAUCUCCCACGCUAUUUUGAACUUACAAAACUACAAAAGAAUUAAAAACCUAAAUCCAAAAUCUUGAAUUGAGACGUCGAAUUCGUUCAGAUCUUCUUAACUGUGGAAGUGCAUUACGUUCUUCAGCAGCAGGUUCAUUAAUGGGUACCAGUUCAUUAUCAGGAUGAUCAGGUCCUAUCACUGGAUCUACAUUUUCGUUAAUAGGGUUUGGAUGUAAAUGAAGAACGUUGGAUAGACGGCAGAAGAUACAGGGGGGGGGGGGGGGGGGUUUGACAUUGUGACUGAUAAAUAAUUACUUCUGGUUCGUUUACAAAGGUUACAUUCUUUUUAGGUACCAUGAUUUUACGAAUUUGGUCAAUGUGACGUUUUAGACAAUAUCCAUCAUCAAGUUGGACUUGGUAAUGGAAUAAUCCAUACUUUUGAACAAUUGUGCCAAAUGUCCAAAGUUCCUGGUUUCCUUGGUAAUACCUUACUUGUACUCUCUCCCCCACAUUUAACUGUCUUGCACCAGUAGGUUGAUUUUCUGAUCUGGUAAGUUUUGUUGGACGUAGUGCGUCGAGUUUGAUUCUUAAACUUCUGUGCAAAUACAUUUCUGCUGGUGAUUUUCCACAGGAAAGUGGUGUCGCUCUAUAUUUUAAAAUAAUUUCUCGUACUUUCUUACAAUUUUGUAAUCUACACAAAGUCUCACACCACCAUCAGCUUUUGGAGUAACAACCAGUUGUGAACCCCAAUCACUAUGGUUGACUUUAGAUAUAAUUCCUUGAGCUUCUAAGCUGUCAAGUGCUUUUUCAACUUUUCCCCCGAGUGCAUAAGGUACAUCUCGUUCUUUAAAGUAGACUGGCUUGGCAUUUUUACACAGUUGCAAAUUUACUUUAAAAUUUGAUACAAGUCCAAUUCUUUCUUCAAAUAUGUCUGAAUAUUUUUGAAAAAAUUCUUCAUUAGCCGGUAUAUUUUUAAUUUGUGUGAUUCCUGUUGAGCUAUCGGUGUCUUGAAGGUUAAGUUGGAUUUAUAGUUUGACGUAGCGUAGACGUAGACGCAACGGAGACGUAAGAAACGGACUGGAAACGUAAGAAAAUAAUAUGUCAAUUUAUAAUUCGACGUAGCGGAAUUUUUGCGCACGAGUAGAAAGAGUAAACAAUGACUUAGACUUAAUUCUAAUUCAACAACAUAGCCUAUAAAUUAUACGAACAGUAAACAAACUUUGUGUUUCUUUAUUUAUACUUAUACCAUUGUAUAACUAGCUUAUACUAUUAUUUAUUAUAAUAUUUAUCUGUUUUGUGUGUUACAUGGAUUAGGAAAUAAACGAAGCUAUGCUCAUUGGUGCCGCGCAUGCCGUGGGAUUUCCAACUAUUUUGUUUCAUUUCCUGGUCUUUAAAAUGUUUAUUGGAUUCACCUAUCCUAUAAUAUUAUGUGUGGAUAACCCCGAAUUAGGCUAUAAACAACUCAUAUUUAUCUGAAAUAUUAAAAUGACUCUAUGAUAUAUUUUUAUUAAAUUAAUAACUUAACAUCCAUUGUAUUAACAAAUAAUUAACAAAAUUCGAAUAUGUUGAUAAACAACUUUAACUUUACAAAAUUGAUGAGGGCGUGUUCACUUUGGGUGACAGAACAAAAUUCUUGAAUUUCUUCCUUUUGAUUGGCCAGACGUAAGAAACGCACUGUAAAAGAUGAAAGUUGGUGAACUCUUCCGUUCCGUUACGUUUCUCUUACGUUCCGUCAGGCGCUUGCGUUCAUUUAUAAACACGAGUACACAAAAUUCGGUGUUGAUCUUUUCCAGUGCGUCUCCGUUGCGUCUACGUUUACGCUACGUCAAACUAUAAAUCCCACUUUAAUGUUUAAAUGUCUUAUCCAUACACGCCCUAAUAAGGAGGCCAAUUCAUCAAGAACUACAUAAAAUUCUUCUGUUGAAAUUUUAUUUUGAUAUUGUAUUGAGGUUUUUGCUUUCCCCAGGGGAUAAAAUACGUUUUUUGUAUAUGAUCUAAAUGCAAUAUCAGGUUUUUGAACUGGUAAAUCAAGAUCUAGUUCUUUAAAUUAUGAUUCUGAGAUGAGUGUAAAUCCUGCUCCAGAAUCAACUUCAAAUGUUGCCGGUUUUUAAUAAGCACUGUCACAUAAAACUUUCAGCAUCUCUGUAAGAUUGAUUUUCAUAAAUGUCUACAAUUUUAUUAAUGCCAAAAGUAUCCUCUGGUUCUUUUUCGCUGGUUGAUGGUUGAUAUUCAUUAAUUAGAUGAUGGGCGAGUUAGUUUUUAUCUUUGUUUGCUAAAAGCAUUGAAAUACAAACUGAAAUGACGUGACCGUAUUUUUUGCAACCUUUGCACUGAAGUCGUUCGGGAUUGAUUUUACAGUUUUUUUAACAAGAUGUUGUAAGGAUGUAGGAUGUAGGAUGAAGUAACCUCCUCUAUUUAUAGUAGUUGUUAUGUAAUGUUAUAUAUAGUUAGGUCAGUUCAUAUUUAAUAAAUGCCAAAAUAUAAUUAUAGAAAUGUCUUAUUUCAUCUGAAGAUACAAUAAAUUAGCGACGAGGAUGGGAUAAUUAGGACAUUUCGAUAAGUAUAUUUUGACAACUAUUAAAUAUGAAGUGACGUAACUAUAUAUAGCAUUACAUAACAACUACUAUAAAUAGAGGAGGAUAUUACAUUAAACCUUUUGAAUUCUAAGAUCAAUUAUUCAUUAGAGAUCUUUUAUUGUAGCAUAGCUCUGAAGAUGGCUGUAUAAGCCGAAAGCGCUCAGCUAGGAAAUUAAGUAUUUUACACUCUUCAAAGGUACACACUCCCUUUCAUUUAUUAGUACAGAUUACAGAUUAUUCCAUUCGAAUCCGUGUGUGGUUUGUUAAUGAAUAUUUUCAAAGAAAGUUGUGUGAGGUUACGUUAUGAAAUUGUUUUAUAUAAAUAUUUUACCUCCAAUUUUAUAUAGACUCACCGGUACAAAAUUUCGCCACCCAAAAUUUUUGAUUAAGUUUGACAUUAUAUAACUUCUUUAUUUUUACUCCGAUUUUCAAGAUUCUUACAUCAGUUUGUAGGUACAUGUAUUGAUGUCGUUUGUUAUUUUUCCGGUAACAAAAUUUUUUUGCUUAGAUGGAAUUAUACGGGGUGAAUGGAAACGUUGUUUUUUCUCCUAACUUUAAAAAAUUCUGUGAAAAAAUUUAAGGGCUUAUUUUGUUUCAUACUUCUUUUGUAUUAUCCUGGAGGUAUCACUAAGGUUUUGUUUUUUGAAUUAUCCGAAUAUCUCUUUUCUUGUAAGAGCUGUAAAUAAAAAACUGAUUUGAAGGUUUAUUUAAUUAAAAAUAUCAAACGCACUAAAAUUAACAAAGCAAAAUUAACAACAAAACAAAACAAUUCAGUAGCGGGUAUGUUCACAUCUUGCAGCAGCGACUGCUCGCAAUCUAUUUAACAUCGAAUAAAGAUGUGUUAUCCUUGCCUGGGGAAUAGCCCGAUAUUCCUCUACCAGCGCCAUAACUGUACCCAAUUUUCUGGAGGCCUAGGAUGACGGCGAAUAGCUUUUUUAAUUCAUACCAUAAAUUCUCAAUAUGAUUGAGAUCUGGGCUGCAUACGGGCCAUUCUAAUCUUAUCAAUCCAACCUCUAUUUUAUGAGUCAAUCAGUGUUUUUAUUUACAAGAGAUAUUCGGAUAAUUCAAAAAACAAAAUUUUAGUGAUGCCUCUGAGAUAAUAUGACAGGACCUUGAAACAAAAUCAACCAUUCCAUUUUUCCACAGAAUUUUUUAAAGUUAGGAGAAAACACAACGCUUCCAUUCACCCUGUAUAAUGCCAUGCAGGCAAAAAAAUUUUGUUACCGGAAUAAUACCAAACGAUAUCAAUGCACGUACCUACAAACUGGUGCAAGAAUCUUGAAAAUCGGAGCACAAGUUAAUAAUAAAGUUCUAAAUUAAUUUUGGGUGGCGGAAUUUUGUGCCGGUGAGUGUAUAUGUAGAUAGGCACUUGCCAAGCGGCGUAGUCAAAAAAUAUACUGUAUUUUACUUUUAGUCGAUUUUUUUGCUCACAAGUAUUUAUACUCCAUUCCUUUGCUUACGUAUAUCAGACGUAAAUAAAUUUUGCCAAGCAGUAUUUUAAUUUUCAAAUUAAACAUAACUGAAAGUGGCAAUAUUGUACUUAUUUUAAUGUUUAAAUUUAUUAGAUGUUUUAAAAUUAUGGAAAUAAGAGCUGUAAUGAAAAUAUACAGGAUUCUUAAACUGUGUUCAAACAUGUAACAAGACACCUCGUAAUGCGAGAGUUCGUAACCCCACAAAUAGUAACGAACAUUUCGUGACAUCAAAAUUAUUUUGGGGUAUUUUUGUUAACGUGGAAACUAACCGUUUUUAUAGUUACAAUUGAAUUAACGUUUACGAGUUUAACAAACCAGCAUCAGGAUAAACAUUUUUGAUACAUUUUAUAUUUCAUAUAUUUAAAAUUGUCUUAAAUAAAUACCGGGUGUCCACUUAUAUUUUCCCCAAUUUUAACUGCCUAUAACUUCUAAACGGCUCAAGAUAGAAAUAUGCAGUUUCCGCUGAAAUGUUUUAUUUUAGUAAAAGUUUUGUCUGAAUGGAUUGAAUUUUUUAUAUCGAUUUCAAAUACGAAAAAAAAAUGGCGGAUUUUUGAAAAAAACGUUGAUUUUUUUUAAUGGAACACCCAGUAUAUUUUUUUUACAAAUUGAAAGAAAGGUCAUUCACCUAUCCAGCGAUAUAAAGUUUUUCAAAAUCGGUUAUCAAAUCACUGAGUAAUUAAUUUUUUAAAUGAGAGGUGCCACGUGGAUAUCACAUACCUAAAUAACAUGUAUGUGAUUUCCACAUUGCAUCUCUAAUUUUAAAAAUUAAUUGCUCAGUCAUUUGACAACCUAUUUUAAAAAUUUUUAUAUCGCUGGAUAAGUAAUUGAUCAUUUUUUCAAGUUACAAAAAAAUAUACUGGGUGUUUUAAUAAAAAAAGUCAAAAACGUUUUUUUUUUUUCAAAAAUCCGCCAUUUUUUAUUUAAAAGCGAUAUAAAAAAUGGUCAUUUACCUAAAAACUUAAAAAAAAACGGUCAUUUACCUAUCCAGGAAUUUAAACUUUUUUAAAAUCGGUUGUCAAAUGACUGAGCAAUUAAUUUUUAAAAUGAGAGAUGCAAUGUGAAAAUCGUUUAACAUAAUAUCAAUUUGCUUAGUUAUGGUAUUUAGGUAUGUGAUAUCCAUGUUGCACCUCUCAUUUUAAAAAUUAAUUACUCAGUCAUUUGACAACCGACUUUGAAAAACUUUAUAUCGCUGGAUAGGUGAAUGACGUUUCUUUCAAUUUACAAAAAAAUAUACUGGGUAUUCUAUUAAAAAAAAAAAGUCAACAACGUUUUUUUAAAAAAUCGCCAUUUUUUUUUUCGUAUUUGAAAGAGAUAUAAAAAAUUCAACCCAUUCAGACAAAAUUUUUACUAAAAUAAACAUUUCAGGCGAAAACCGCAUAUUUCUAUCUUGAGCCGUUUAGAAGUUAUAGGCAGUUAAAAUGGGUGAAAAUAUAAGUGGACACCCGGUAUAAUAUAGUAAUGUAUAUUGUAUUAAUCAUUAUAAUAAAUACGUUAUUAUUAAACUCUCUUUAUUCGAUCGAUAUUUAUUUUUCAGAUAAUUUCAGAAGUGAUAAUUCAAGACGAAAAAUUAAAAAAAUCUUUUGUUGUAAUAUUUACGAAAAUAUUAAAUAAAUAUGCAUAAAUUGUGUGAAAUAUUUUUAUAAAGAAGUGGUCUUAAAAAAUGUACUAUUACUUUUGGUAUAGGAAAGUUUGUAAAAUGCGUUUUUUUGUAUAAAUUUAGUUUGCUAAAAUUGGCGUUACGGAUAUGUAUAGUUACGAACUGUCGCCAUUACGAAGUGUUACCGUUACUAACUGUCCGUUGCCACUUGUCUGGUUACCAACUGUCUGUUUUCACUGUUAUAAAUUUUUCUUCGCAUAUUUUGACUAUAAAAUUAUCGUCUCUUUCUGACAAUUUUCAAUAAAUCUUUAUGUACGAAGUCAAUAGUGACAUUUUAUCAAACGUGUCAACCAAUUGCAACUAGGCAGGCAGGCUAUAACUAUAGCUUAACUACACUCUUUUUAAUAUGUAAAGAAUCCAUAGUAAUACUUGCCAUCUGACAUCAGAUCAUAACUAGAAACUAUAAUAGGCUUGGAUCCCGCGUACCAAAAAAGUUGAUUAAUAGCAAGCUAAAGAUUUGUUAAUAGCUUAACGGUGUCUAGUCGGACAAACUUUAAUGUACGGGUACACUGGAACAGGGGAAAUUUUAAUUGUGGUACAGUUUAAAAAUUUGAAACGUCAGAUUACGAAAACGCCCCAUGUAUUGUCGGACAGAACUUACAGCACGGACAGAGUGCUAUUUAUCACCAGUAUAAUUCCUGUCAUUUGACAUGUUCUUCGUGUUGGACUUAUUAAAAUGUCCAGUUGGUGAUAAAAAUACCAGUCUUAUUUUUGCAUGCGAGUUUAAUGAAAUGGUAACAAACCAAUUGAAAGUUCUGUCCGACAAAAUACAUAGAACGUUUUCGUAGUGUGACGUUCCAAAUUUUUAACCUGUUCCACAAUUAAAACUUCCCCUGUUCCAGUGUUCCCAUACGUAAAAGUUUGUCCGACUAGACACCGUUAAGCUAUAGUCGGUUCGCUAAACACAACUGGCUAGUGAUUUUAGUAGGUAAUUUUUUUGUUUUUGGCCAACUUUGCUAAAAUUGGCAAAAUUACUAACUAUUUAGUAAUUAUUUUUUUAAAAUAAUUACUAAAAUCACGAGCAAGUUGUGUCUUGAGUUUAACGAACCGACUAUAUUAACAAAUCUUCAGCUUGCUGUUAAUCAGCUUUUUUUUGGUACGCGAAAUCCAGGCCUAUAAAAAUAUGCUGCUAGUUUACUAGAAAUUUAAACAAUUCGGUUUUCCUAUUUAGUUAUAAAAAUUAAUGUAAUUGGUUACUGUAUUGAAUAAUUUUAUUUAUAUUAUCUUAAUUCGGUUUCGGCGCUAUCUAUACAUAACUUUUUGUAUUAUAAGAUUUGGUUUUGUGUGGAUUUCAAAAAAUUGUCAAGUGUUUGUAAGCGAACUGUCUUAUUUAUCGUUACGUUUUUAACAUACUUAGUAUUUAAUGUCAUUGCGCACUGUGUUAUAUUUUUUUAGUAUAGAUUUUAUGAAUUGUUCCUUAUACACUUAUGUACCUAAGAUAAUAAAGAUUUAGAAUUUGAA